AGAUAGCACAGAUAGUUUGAAGACAAUGGAAACUGACAUGAAAACAGCAGACGGCCCGGAACCUCGGAAGAGGUCUCUGAAAAGCUACACCUCGAUGGUUCUCCGCGAGUCCUCUCUGACAGCCGUGUCAAACAUUGUUUCGACAGAAAACAAGUACAGGAGAGCUUUCAAGAUUUUUGUCCUUCUCGUCUGCUUUACCGGAUUCUUCUACCAGAGUUACACACUACUCGCCCACAUAUUGCAGUAUCCUACCAUCGUGGAUAUUCGCAUCGAAAAUCCAAAGACGAUCGACAUGCCAGGAAUGACUUUUUGCAACAACAAUGGAAUCAACAGAAAACGGUUUUGUAAAAAAUAUCCCACACGCUGCUACGAAGCUGAUGAAGAAUUUUGCAAUAAGUAUCCUUAUUAUUGCGAAGGAAAAAAUAGAACCACUUUGGUACCUUAUGAAGAAUAUUUUUCCUUGUUGAAUAAUUUAACUGUUAAAGACCUCUAUCAGCUCAGAGAAAAUCCAUAUGAAUUGCUUGUAAGUCAAAGCGCUUUCAAACGAGAGAGACCCAUAGGGCCAUUUAUAAGAGCGAAAAGUCUGGGAGGUGCAGGAAGAAUGGGAUGUUACAGUUUGUUCACUGUUAUAAACAGCCCAAAAAACCCUAAAACAACAGAAAUUCAAAAGAUGAUUGAGGUGCCCGCCCUACGUUUGGUUUUUAACGUAAGUUCGAAAGAACAAUUCAUUCCUGGGCAUCGAACAGGUGUGCAUUUCGCCAUUCAUUCCCCCUACGAAGGAUACAACCCAACCCAGAAAGGAAUAUUCAUGAAACCGGGAAAAACGUACAAGCUAUACGUCAGCACAGAAAAAGAAUUGCUCUUACCGUAUCCUUACGAAACUGAUUGUAUUGAUUACACAGAAGUCUGGGAGAAAAAUAACAGAAAAGGCCCUCGCGUGCAAGAGAUGUGCCAACACAAAUGUUUAUUGGAUGCCACUUCCAAGCAUCUGAACUGCUCCACUGUGUUCACUCUUUACCCGAACAAUCAAAGGAUAUGUGACAGUAAUGAAUUCAUGCACAAUGAAACUUUGAAAGAUUUCUUUCGUUGCUUUGAAACCUGCAAAAACGACUGCUCAAAAACCAAGUACACAAUGAUUGUUCAAGAACGGUAUACAAGCGAUAUGUUCUGGGAUAAGACGCCAGAUGAGAGUCAAAAAGAUCUGAUAAUGGUGGAAAUCAUCAUCGAUCAUUCAGAAGUCAUUACAUUUUUUCAUCGACCGCAGUAUCUGGACGUGGAAGCCUUCAGUUACAUAGGAGGAUUCAUCGGCGUUUGGCUUGGAAUUUCUCUCGUAGAAGUUACAGAUUUUGUAGAAUCACUAUUUCGCAUCCUACGUUACGCCAUUAAAAAAGGACGCAUCUUCUAG